UGAAUUGGAACAUACCUAAAAUACAAUUACAAGAUAUAAAUCUGUGCUCAAGAUAUAAAACAGAUAAUCGGAAACCUCGAAUAAUUAAAUCGGAAAUAUUAAAAUCCAUAAAAGUGAAAAUAGUCGAAAAAGAUUUGCAUCAAGAAAAACCAAAAAUUUUAUUAAACAAGAAUGAUAAGAAUAAUAAUUCAGGAUCAACAGGAAUUUUUUAAUAUGCUACUCAAUGAUAUUCAAAUGAACUUGAAGACUAUCUCAAUGUAGAUAAAAAUUUUCUUAAUAAAGAAUUAGAAGAUGCCUUAUGUUUGAAUGUAUCUUUUACUGAUGAACAAGAUGUAUGUUUGAAUAUGUUACUCGAUACAAAGAAUACAAACUGCAAUGAGUACAAAUUAGACUGUAUUAACACGAAUAAAAAUAUGUCAGAUGUGACUAAAUCAAGUACCGAUGCUGAUGAAGAUGAACCUUCUGAAUACGCUCCUUCACGUUCUGCAAGUUCUUUACCAACUUACUCGGAUGAAAAUAAUAAUACAAAAAAUAAUAGAAAAAACGUUUCUAUUAAUAAAUCCAACAUGUUUAGUGGCCUAGUCAUAUCCAAUGUUCAUUCACUAGGAACGAAAACGUGUGACGACAGCGAAAUGUAUGUCACAGAAUCAUCAAGAAAACAAACGUACACAAAAAAAUUGUUUUUAUUGCAAAAAACUGCAGAGCAAAAUAGCACGGUACUUAGAAACCACAUUCUAAUGAAGAGGAAGUUAAAAAAUUUACAAUAUUACCGAAAGGAAAUUCCGAGAGAAAAAAAAUAAUAGAAACGAUUCAACGAAAUGGCAAUUUAACACUAAAAAAGCAAUAAACAAUGGAGAAUUUAUCGUUUAUAGACUACCAAAAAAUUACAUAUAUCUGCAAGCGAUUUCUUACCUUGUGUUAAAUGUAAUGUGUUAAAUGUUAUGUUGUGUUUUUCAAAAUCGUCUCUUCGUUAUCAUUUUCGUUGUUGCAUUGGAUGUAAUAGCAAACAUAGUAAAUCAAUAAUGAUAUUGGAUCAUACAAUUGUUACAAGAACUCACGAAAUAGCUAAUAAAAUUCUCAAAACAGUUGUCUUCCCUGUAUUACGAGAUGAUGAAAUAACGCGUGCAAUAAGAUAUGAUCAGUUAAUAAUUCUAUAUUGGAAUAAGCUUUGCUUAAAGUAUAGAUUACAGCAUCAACAUGACAUGAUUCGGUCUCGUUUACGAUUGUUAGGACGUUAUCUAGUAACUCUCAGAACAAAAAGUGAAAAUAUUACUGAUUUUGCCUCGUUAUAUGAUCCCAAAUUUUAUGAUGUCGCAAUUCCUGCUGUCAAUUCUGUAGCAGGUUUUGAUGAAAAUAAAACACCAUCUGUAGCAUUUAAUCUCGGCACGUAUAUGAAACAUAUCGGAGAAAUUUUUAUUACUGAAUGUAUAAAAAACCACGAUCCUAUAAAAAUGAAAGCAGCUGAAAACUUUUUAAAAUUAUUAAGACAAGAUUAUGGAACAAGCGUUAAUAGAACAGUGUUAGAAACACAAAUGCAACGAAAGCGACAAAGAAAGAUUAUACUUCAUCGGACAGAGGAUAUUAGGAAAUUGAAUGAUUAUUUAAUGAACAUGCGACAAAAAGCUUACAACAAUUUGAUGAAAGAAUAUUCAUAUAGAAAUUGGUUAACUUUGCUGGAAACAACACUCAUAUCUGUGCAAUUGUUUAAUCGUCGACGAGCUGGGCAGACUGAAAGAAUACAAAUAUCAGAAUUUAAAAAUUAUCAUUGUAUUGACGAAAAGACGAAUAGAGAUAUUUAUAAAUCACUGUCAUAAAAGCAAAAAGAUUAGCAAA